AAUAUAUUAAUACCGACCUGUUUUGAUAAGCGAUUGGCAGCUGUAAAAUGGAGUACAGAUUUGUUUUUGCGUUGCUGUUCGCGGUUCUAGCAUGUGUCGUACGCGCAAACCAGGCAGAUUCAGAAGAGCGGGAAUUAUUGGAAACCCUCCGAGAAGUUCUGAGGGAGCGCAUUCUCCCGAGUUCUGACGCUGAUGUCACAGAUGUGGACGGACGUGGAUACGAGGGAUCUAACGUUGAUGUCGACGAUCAACGGGCCUUGGAUGAUGAGGCGCGCGGUUACUUGUCGGGAUAUGAGGACGAGGACGUGGAGGAGAACCUCAUUGCCCGACUUCUGGCCUACAAGUCGGCAGUCCGACAACGAGGUUUGCCGUACGACAGGCAGGGUAAAAGAGGUUGGACCAACUGGUUCAAGGAGGCAUUUGAGGAUGCAGGUGACUGGUUUAAAGGCGCUGGCAACUCCAUUGCGGACUUCUUCACGGGAGCCUACAAAGACAUCGCUCAGGCAGUCAAUACGUUGGGAAAUCAAUUAAAGAACCUGCCAAGUGAUCUCAAUAAAAGGCUUCCCAUGCUGAAAACAAUCUACGAUGGCCUAAGCUCAGAGGUCACAAAGUUAGGGAAAGAGGUCGCGAAGCAGAGCGGGAAGGCAAAAGAGGGGGCUCAGAAACUCUUGGCAUUGGCAGAGGCAGAGAAGAAUAAGGCCUGGAAUGAAAUAGAGAAGGGCGUGAAGGCGUUAUGCCCACCGAACAAAUAUGGCGCCACGUGCAGCCAAGACAGCGAUUGCAACUGUAAAUAUCUGAAGUGCACGGGCUGGUGGAGUAAGCGCUGUCGUGUCCGUGUCUAGCUUGGAGGACUGCCGUCGUAUCAACGUAGAGUCGACCAGAGCAUAAUGAUUUUUCUGUUUCAAAGAUGUUUUAUGGACUUGUUUUGUUUCUUUGAAUUUUAAUAAUAUUAUUCAAUGCUAUUUUUCAUGCGUUUGAUUAACAAAAGAUAAUGUUCAGUUGUGCAAUUAGCCGGCAAUGAGUGAUUGAACAAAUCAGUACAUAUAAACAAACCAUCGUUCAUCAUCAUUUUUGCUUUUAAAAAUUAGAAAAAUACUCAAAGUGUGCUUCCUGAAUAAUUUUGCCGCAAAUUUUACUUAGAUUAUCUGUAUUUGUAUUUUAUUGCAUAUAUAUUUUUAACCCCCCCCCUUCUUCCUUCAAUAUCCACAUAUCUAUAUUAUAUUAUAUUUAAUAAAACACAUCUAAAAUUUA